GCUGAAGAAGAAACGACAGCUCAAGCAGAGCCAAUCAGAAAAGGCAGAUGCUGAGAACCAAUCAGAUUUGGACUCCAAGACGCUGGUCAUCCAAGAGCCUGCUCCUAUUGGUCGAUCUCAGAAGAGGAAUGUGGAAAAAAGGGAAAAUGAUGAUGGAUCAGGUGAACAUUCAGACAACAACUGUAAACCUUGCAUCCAGACCAAGAAAGAGAAAACACGGCCUCCAGGAACUGUUGAAUACAUGGUUGAACCGAAAGACACACUGAACAGCAUCGCCCUGCACUUCAACAUCACCCCUAAUAAACUGGUGCAUCUGAACCGCCUCUACUCUUACAGUGUCGUACCUGGACAGAAACUGUUUGUUCCUGAUGAGGACGAAGCCAAACGUGUUUCUCAGGUCAGCGAUUGCUCUAAUCACCUCGCAGCGUCAGAGUCCACAGAAAUCAAGGACGGUGAGUAUAGCAGCCGUCCGGGACGUCCCGUGUGCAGAGAGACGUCACCGCUGUCUGAAGACGAGAGUCCGGCCACCGUCAAAUUCAUCAAGAUGAGCUGCAAAUACUUCACUGACGGCAUGGGUGUUGUGGGCGGAGUGAUGAUCAUUACACCCAAUAAUGUGAUGUUCGACCCACACAAGUCUGACCCGCUGGUGAUCGAGAACGGCUGUGAGGAGUACGGGCUGAUCUGCCCCAUGCAGGAGGUGCUGUCCGUCGCUCUGUAUGACGACGUGUCCCGCAUGAAGAUCAAGGACGCGCUGCCCUCUGAUGAACCUCAGGAUCUCUGUCCGUUGUACAGGCCGGGCGAGUGGGAGGAGCUUCCGUCCGAGCAAGAUCUCAACCCUUUCAGUCGCUACGAGUCUCUGGGCUCGUCCAGCCUCCCGAUCGUGCUGGACGACAUCGAGACGGCCGUCACGAACAAUUCAGACGGCCACAUCGCUGAUAAAUCUCCAUCUGAUGAGGGUUUCACUGAACUGGAGCUGCUGCAGAGCGACUCCAACACCUCCUGCUCUGGCGUGCAGGGGGCGACGCUGCAGGAGCACACAAAAACACCCGAUGAUGAGGAUGAAGGACUUCACAACCGCUCCACAGACGAUAGUGUCGAAGUGACCAAAAGGAGGAGCCAGAUGUUCGCAAAUGGACCAAAUGUUGAGGAGAGUAAAGGAUCAAAGGCAGAGCUUUCUGAAGCCGAGAAGCGCAAAAGGGCAAGUGAGGCCGAGAUGAAGAGCUGGCUGCUGAAGAGGAUGCAGAGACCUAUCGAAGACAUGCUGCUGUCCAAUGAGGAGAAAAGCAAAGCUCCGCCCAUGUUUCUCUGCUUUAAGGUGGGGAAGCCAAUGAGAAAGUCCUUCGCCAUUGGUCGGACGUCUAGCCCCACCCACUCCUACACGAGCAGAGGACGCCAGCUGGAGUACUGGUUCGCUGUGCCUCAGGAGAGGGUGGAUCACCUGUACUCGUUCUUCAUCCAGUGGUCUCCAGACACGUACGGUAAAGAUGCGCAGGACCAGGGCUUCGUGGUGGUGGAGAAAGACGAGCUCACAAUGAUCGACAACUUCUUCAGUGACCCGGUGCCUCGCAGCUGGGAGAUCAUCACCAUUAAUGAAGCCAAGAGACGGCAGAGCUUCAGCUUUGAGGACGAGGAGCCUGUGGAUCUCCUGCCGGCGCUGCUGGACCCCAGUGCACUGCUGGAGGACACACACAUCGAGAAGUUGUCCACUCGUCUGCCGGCCCGUGUUCAGGGUUAUCCAUGGCGUCUUGUCUACAGUACAAUCGUACACGGCACCAGCCUGAAAACACUCUACAGGAACCUGAUGGUGCUGGACUGUCCUGUGUUGAUGGUCAUUAAAGACAUGGAUAAUCAGAUUUUUGGGGUGUUUUCCACACACCCUUUCAGAAUGAGUGAACGCUACUAUGGCACAGGAGAAACCUUCCUCUACAGCUUCUGCCCCGAGAUUACGGUGUACCGCUGGACAGGUGAAAACUCCUACUUUGUGAAAGGGAACACAGAUUCUCUUCAGAUUGGAGGAGGAGAGGGUCUGGGGCUGUGGCUGGAUGCUGAUUUCUACCACGGCACCACCUCCACAUGCUCCACCUUCAACAACCAGCCGCUCUCCUCCAAACAGGACUUCACCAUCCAGGACCUGGAGGUUUGGACCUUCGAUUGAGCCGCACACACAUCACCUCCACACACUUUACAAGCUCACAGCAUGACUGAUUUACACCGACAAACUGUGCAAAUCCAGUCCUACUUGAUGAUCUGGUUUAGAGAGAGAAACUUGUGGCUGUUUUAACGACUCACAGCUAUCCCAGCAUGCAAUAUCCUCAAGAGAUGUUCUCCUGCUGAAAUAUUACCAACACACAUAUAUAUAUAUGUAAGUGUACGUGAAUGAUGAGGAAUGGCUUUCUGGACUGCGUAUGAUUCUCGGGAAAUACAAUUCCGCCAAAUAUUUUGCGUCAAGGCCAGUCGCACAACGCAAAAGUGUUUUUUGGUUACAUUUCGCUGGUUCGUUUGGAGCUGGUAUAAACGUGAUCGACGUCCUCCUGCCAGUAUGUGGGUUUUGUUGACCAAAGCAUUUUAUUUGCCUUGUUCUGCGACGUUUUAUAUUUGUUUUUCUAUUUGAGUUUUUUUAUAAAUAAUAAUAAAUAUCUGUAUAAAUAUAAA